CUCACGCACACGAGAGUCGUCGUCAGUGGCGGGCGUUCCCAUCACAGCGCCUCUUUGUGACAGACACAGACGAGAACAUGACCGGAAGACUAGUGGUUCUGCUCUGCGCCCUAGCGGCCGUCGUUCUCGCAGGAGGUGCCGACCCCUCCACCACGCCAGCGCCGUUCAAAUGCUCUACCGAAUACGGCCUCUUCUCGGACCCGGACGACUGUCACAGCUUCUACGAGUGCAACGAGUUCAUUCCGUUCCACUUCACCUGCCCCGACAACCUGGGCUUCGACGACGCUGCUCACGAGUGCAACUACAUGCCGAGCUGCAAGUGAGGUUCGGUCGGUUCAGCUGAUUUCGGAGCGCUCCCACUGGCCACCAUGUCAAGGUCACCGGUGUGGGCUGACGUUUGGCAACCGGCGCGAUGUUGAACGGUCGAUAUUCGACAGCAUAUCUGCAGAAGACCCAAACUCAGCGAUAGCCGCAAAAGUUCGUUGUAAUCUGCACCAGUGCUUCGGAAUUUCAGCAGCACAACAUAAAAGCAGGUGCCUUUUUAACCGCAGACGCACGUCGUCAGACUGGAUCGCAAUUCGGCAUUUUGGGCCACAUCAUCGUGUAAGCGGGCGUCUUUUUAUCCUGUCGGACAAUACACACACCAUAAUGUAA